CUACUCACACAGCUUCCACAUUCACGAGUCUGUGACCGAAGGGGUGUCCGGUGUUGUGGGGUCCCUACUGCCUUCAUCGAUCGACACAGGCGGUGCAGUCGUCGGGGUUUCAUUCUGCAUUUGACUGCUGCCGACCAGUUUGACUUUGCAUCCCUGACCUUCACUGCCAGGCAGUUUCAGAGCUGACGGUGGCUUCAGUGGAAGGAAGGUGGCGCUUUGCAGAGUUGCUUGCUCGCUUCGCGCUAUUAAUUAGGCGAGAAAUCAGUCGACGCGGUCAAAUAUGGCGGAGCCCAAGUCCUGGGUUGACAUGCCAGGCCUCCGCCGGAUGGGCUGGAGGAAGAUGGGCGCCAUUGGCGGAGCUUUGGCCGUAGCGGGGGCUGUGCUUGGGGGCCUACUUCUUCUCGGCCUGCCCGUGCUCCUCAUUGGCGGCUUGUUGCUUCUCCUUACGUCUCCUUGCACAUGCGCCGUCGGGUGUUGCACCGCCCCGCUCUGGAUCCCUCUGCUUCUUUUCGUCGGUAUCCCGGCGCUCAUCUUCUUCGUCACCACGGGCGGCAUCAUGCUGCUCCUCACAGUGUCGGCAGGCUUGACGGGUGCAGCUGGGUGGUGGAUCUACCGUUACAGCCGGGGACCGAUGCCCCCGGGCGGCGAUGCGAUGCAGAGAGUUCUCGACCGUGUGAGAGGAUGAUCCAGGGAAGUGACGGAGAGGAUCUCGAAGGUUGGACAGCAAGCAGCAUCUCCUGCAGCAUGAACCCAUCGNNCGUGUUGAUCGUGUGAGAGGACGAUCCAGGGAAGUGACGGAGAGGAUCUCGAAGGUUGGACAGCAAGCAGCAUCUCCUGCAGCAUGAACCCAUCGACUUGUAAUCUGACCGUGUAAUAAGCGAUCGAAGAAGGAAAAAACACCAAUGUCCGUGGCCGCGUCGUGAAUCGCUAAGCAGAAACCGUUCGUCUCACCGGUCAGGAUUGGUUGAUUGAUUGACUGAUUGAUUCGUCGUUUGAAGAGCAGAUGCGCGAUUGGGGACCUCUCUGCUGAGUCUCGCUGGUUGGUCGACACUCCGCUGAGCCUCGCAGGGGGCGACUGAAGAUUUGUUGUUGGCUUCGACUCCGAUCGUUGUCGGCCAGGUAGCAAUGGGUGUACGAAAAAAAAACAAAUCGUGUUGAAGCGUGUACAACACACAGGGCUGUGGGGUCAAGACGAUGUGAUCUGGAGAUGCGUUAUUGAAGAUCUGUCUGUUGACAUCCACUGGGAUCUUUGUUGAUCGUGUAUGGAUGGAUGGGUUUACGAUCGGCGAAACUGAGGGUUUCCUGAGGACGUGCGAUAUGGCUGAGGGGACAACACGAUGGGAUCUGSAGUCGGGUCUUCUAGUGCACUAGCGAGGCGGUCUCGAGUCGGUGAAUGACGGAAGAUCAUGGAGAUAAUGAUGGGAAGUAGGUGGAGAACGUUGGGGUAGGGGAGUAGGGGAGGAGGAGAAAGCGAUUGUGGUGAUGAUAAGAAGGGUUAUCUGAUGAAGAUGGUUGAAUAUACUCUAGUAUGAGUACUUGGUCGAUAAUGUAGUAAUCGCACUAGGAUCUUGAAAGUUAGACUCCCAGCCAGCUGUGGAACUGGGACCUUGGGACCUAAGGCCUAAGGUCCCAGGGGCCGUUGGCAAGUACCCCAGGGGGUGUGGGAUCUGAAGAGCGUUGUGUUUUGGGAAAGGGGGGAAGCCGUGCAGGCAUCCCCAGU